AUGAGACCGCAACGCCAUGGACAAUCAUUGUGUGCACUCUUGCUGCUUUCACUCGUCUCCUCAGUCAUCGCAAAUCCUUUGCCUGCAGAAAAUGCCGCCUCGGUGGCAGCUCCUGAGGCAACGGCCAAAACCAACAACAAGCCCAAUCCAAUAGGUACACACCACGCGCCUGUUGAUGGCAAGGAUGGAAUUCCGCAUGAGGGACCUUGGGUGGAAACCAAAGCAGACCGAGAACGAAAGAAGACCAAAGGUCCAGCUGCUGGAAAAGAUGAUGGCUCUGCUUCGGAACGUACAAAAGCAAAAGAUGGCAAGAAUCGUUAUCUCAAAGAAGAUAUUCCACAGAGCAAUGGCGGAGUCAUGGACGACAAGAGCCGGACUGGUCCUGUCGAAGGUACGAGGGGUACAGAAGGCGGUAUAACUGAGAAGAGCAAGACGAAGGUUUCGGUCGAUUCCGAUGCAAAGACACCAGAUGCACCAAAAGAGCAGCCGCCGCUGCCACAUAGUGAAAAGGAGAAGAUGAAGACUACACCUGAAGAAGACACCUCAAAGACCGCCCCCGAAGAUGAAACCAAGAAGACACUGGAAAAGCCAACAGAUCUGCCCGACAAGCCGAUUAGUAUCCCUACCACUGAGAACCCAUCGACACAGAGAGACAACACUGUUCCAUCGGACGAUCAGCGAUUCAAGACUCAUCCAUCUGCAGUCCGACCUGAUACACCCACAAAUUUGCAAAAAGAGGACAUUGUCCAACCAUUGCAUUCUCUCUUCCUGGCUUUCACCAUGAUCCUCUUCUCAGAAAUAGGCGACAAGACUUUCCUGGUAGCCUGCCUGAUGGCAAUGCGUCACGACAGACUACUAGUUUUCUCCGCCGCCUUUUCCGCUCUCAUUACCAUGACCGUUCUCUCCGCCGUCCUCGGCCACGCAGUACCCACCCUCAUCCCAAAAUGGCUCACCAACUUCCUCGCAGCUGGCCUAUUCCUCGUAUUCGGCAUCAAGAUGCUCCUAGAAGCACGAAACAUCAGCCCGGACGAAGGUGUCAGCGAAGAAAUGAAAGAAGUCGAACAAGAGCUAGAAGAAAAAGAACACCAAGCACUCCGCAGAUCGCGCAGACGCUCAGACAUGUCCCCCUACAUCCUCGAGUCCGGUCGUGGAGGCGGCAUCAGAAAAGGCCGAUCAGACGGCCGACUCCCUUCACCCCCCGACUCCCCCACUUCAGAAACAUCAUCACGAUCCUCCUCCCCAUCCCGACAGUCGACACUACGCAGAGUCACAGACGGCAUCAACAACCUCUCCAGCCUCCUCCUUAGCCCAGCCUGGGUCCAGACUUUCGUCAUGACCUUCCUAGGAGAAUGGGGCGACCGCAGUCAAAUCGCCACUAUCGCCAUGGCUGCUGGAAGCGAUUACUGGUGGGUUACGGCUGGUGCGCUGGGAGGACACGCGAUUUGCACAGCGGCGGCGGUCAUUGGAGGGAAGGCUAUUGCGGGUAAGGUGAGCUUGAGGACUGUGACUAUGGGUGGUGCUAUCGCCUUUUUAGUCUUUGGUGUCGUGUACUUGUUAGAAGCUAUAUAUUAG